CUCUCCCUCUUCUCUCCCUCUUCUCUCCCUUUACCCCCCUCUCUGAGUCCUGCUCACAAAAGGCAGGACAUUAUUCAUCCAGACAGGGCCAUGCACAGGAGAGAGAGAGAGAGAGAGAGAGAGAGGAGGGAGGGAGGGAGGAGAGCGUGAAUGAGUGAGAUAGAGGGAAGAAGGAAGAGAGGAAAAGAGAGACUCGGGUGAAGACGCGAUGUCGGAGGCGCGUUGGAAUUGUUUAGAUUUGUGGGUCUUUUUCUUUUUUUUCCGCACUAUGAAGGAUGUGGAAGGAUUUGGGGAUAAUGUGGUAUUCUGGUGUGUGUGUAUGUAUGUGUGUGUGUGUGUGUGUGUGUGUGUUUCAGUGCGUGUUUCAGGUGAUUGGUUUAGCUAUGAAAAAUAAUGUGUGUGUACAUGCCCAUGAAAGAGACAUGAGGCAGGCGCGUGCGUUUUAACGCAUCUACUGCUGUACAUUAUGCGGGGUAUUUGCAUCAUCUGAUUACAUUAGUAUCAUUAUUAUUUAUUUAAUUAUAGGCUAUAUUAGUAGUGGAAUGGUAGAAUGUGCAGGCUGUGUAGCUACUCACAGUGAAAUAGAGAGAAACACACAGUAUUUCUAUGUUUGCAUUGUAUUUUACGCACCAGAGUGCGCUUUCCUUGGUUUAUAGGCUACUGUGUGGGAUUUUUGUAGAAAACGACCGAGCAAAUCCACUGAACUGUCUUUUCUCUAUUUCAUACUGAGUACUGAGUGCUUAGUAAGCUCUUAGUGUUUUCUACUUUUCGUGCGUUAAAGCUGAAGUAUCUUGCGGCUUGUUAUUGCGGAUAAAACAAAGUACACUGAAUAUAGCAAUUACAAACAGAUGAAAAGUGAAAAAUCCCACUGCUAAAGAGGUGCUGAUCGAGGAUAUUGCAUUCAAUAAAAUGUUUACAUGAACUUUAGACAUUUCAAGCAUCUCAUUUUUCACUAAGAAAGGUUUACAGUCAACUCUGCAAGUCUUUCUUUAUUUUUAUUUUAUUAUAUUCUUAAAUUUCAGUAUGUUGCUUUGCUGUUCUGUGGAUUAAAUAUAUUUGGUACCUAGAGCAUGGCAUUUUAACUUUGUGGUGUGGUGUUUUUUUUCCCCCUGCUUUAUAUCAGUGUUUCAAUCUUUGUGCUUAAACCUGACUUUUAAACCUGAAAUAUUACUUUAUAUGCUUUCAUUGGGGAAAAAAAAAAAAAAAAGCACUAAACUGCACCUUACCUUGUUGCUGGGGUGGAACCCUCAAGGGUACAUUACUUAUAGUUGAAUAUCACCUUUUCACCUGGAAAUGUGGCUAUAUAAUGUACCUUAAAAUGAUUUAAUGUACAAAAUGGACCAUAAUUAAUUUUUAGAGUAAUGAUGUAAAGGUACACUAUGCACCUUUCUAGGUAAAAAAUAAUAAUAAUAAUACACACUAAAUGUACAAAAGGAGUUUAUCUGUGUUAUUUGGCAGCCCGAACAUAAUGUUGAUUAUUAAUUCAAUAUGCUUUACUGGCAUAACCAUAUACAGUGAGUAUUGUCAAAACAUAUAUAGUUACUUAUACACACACACACAGACACACACACACACACACACACACACACACACACACAUAAAAGACUUUAAGUUUAGCAUCUGCAUUUUUCCAAUCAUUACUUUUGCUGCAUAUAUAUAGAUAUAAACAAUAAAAUCCCUAGUGCAUUUAACAAUGCUAGUGUUUCUAUCAGUCCAGCUGGAGAGAAAAAAAAACACUAACAUUUAACUCUACAUUGGUUUUACUGUGAAAUUGUUAUAAUAUGAAUUAGUACACUUAAAAUUCAGCAUUAUUGGUAUUCAUUACAGUGUUCUUCUGAUGUCUAAGAAGUUCUUCUUACUUCUAAUUCAAUCGGAUAAUUGGAAUUUUUCAUAAAGACUUACAGAAGCACACACACACACACACACACACACACACACACACACACACACACACACACACACACAAGCACUGCACACUGUGAGAUAAUACCAUUAUGUCUGCAAAUUAGAAAGUUAUGUCAAGUAAAUGGUUUAUACAUAACUUUAUUUGCUGUGAAAUGAUUUCAGCAUUAAGCUUUUGUCUUGCACAUGUUAAACAACUGUUCGAGAUUUGACAUUCUUUGCACAAAAGUGAAUUAAACUUCAGCCCAUGCGCUUUAAUUCAUCAGACAAUACCUCUGCUUGGUAACUAUAACAAAUAUCCUAAAAGCGGUUAUAAUAAAGCUCAUGGCAUAAUUCUGUGGUACUGACAUGUGGGUUGCAUUGCACACAUAACCAUGAAAGUCUUCCCAUGCCACUCUGUGCCUGACAUGUGAGCCAUAAGAGUCCAUGCCUUCUGACACUCACUGUCGCAGAAAAGCUGGAUAAGGAAUUUCUCACCAUCUGAGAGAGAGAGCAAGAGAGAAAGAGAGAGAGUGUGUGUGUGUGUGUGUACGUGUGUGUGUCUAUAUGUCCCCAUGCCCUCUCAGACACGAGUCUCUCAUAAUUAGGUGUUGUAUUUCCGUGGUUAGGGCAUCAGAAGGCUGUGAUAUUUUGUGGGGGAGAUACUUGCGGUGUGGUGCCAAUCUAAAUGCUGAGAUCCCCACUGUGAUCUUAAUUGAUGAUUUGUGUCAUGGGAAUAGCUGCCCUUGGGCAAAAUGGCAGAUACAGAAUAUUCUGACUUUAUUUGCAUAUUCCUAUUCUGUGUGUCUCGAGCAAAUUGCAGGCGAAGGUACAAUCCUGUAGGUCCUGCAGCUCUUUUUUUGCACUAAUCACUUCUUUAGUGAGUUUGUCUACCUCGAUAAGAGCCGUAAACAGAGUGGAAACAGCAUAUGUUAUGAAGCCAUUCAAGCAGCUAUAAAGCUAUUUAGAAAAUUGAGCUUCGCAUUAGCGUUUGUCAUUUUCUUGUUUUAAAACCCCAUUCAAAUGCUUUAGUUUUCACCGAUAACCCAGGUAUUUUUCACUACAAGCCUGUUUUAUUGAACUUUGAGAGAGUAAAUGCUUCCUGUGCUAAUACAUUUUCUCGUAUAGAAUGUAAAUUAUCAUUUAUUGAGAUCUCAUUCCCUAACUCUAACUCUAAGUCUGUAUAAAUGGAUACGCACUUAAUUCGCCAAAGUAGUUCAUUCCAGUGUAUUUCUCUCAAAAUUCCAGCAAAAGGAAUCAUCAAUCCUCAGUCUUUCAGAUACCGUGCUCUGUGCAGUCAAGGUCUUUGGCGAGUUUGUGAGUCGAUGUGAGGCUUUGCACGCGGAUGUACCUGAGAACACACAUCCGGAUGAUUCUGAUGCAAGGAGGCAGGGUGCGAGGCGCAUUCACUAAGCCCUGCUGAUCCCGACUGCUCUCCGAGGAGCACGGGUCUGCUUUUGCUGCAUGUCCAAACAACCUCGCCGCACUCUCCUCUUUCCCCACUCAGCCUCUUGGCUGCUUGGCAUAACAGUCCAGUUCCUCCCUGGGGAAACUUGAGGUGCAGGCAGAUUUGCUUGAUUUAUGCUGGUGGAACAGCGCUGCAGAUAUUUAACGAUCACCUAUAGUGCUCACAUCACCGGCCAGAGAGUUUGCACAGGCUCCUGUGUGUGCACAGGGACGAAAGGACAUUACGCUAUGAGCAUGCAUCAGAAGGAUGAGAAGAUAUUAUUUAUAGCAGCUGUGAAAGACAGCAGCAGAGCGGGUUGUCAGGAUUUUGGAUGUGGUUAAUGAAUUCUAAUAGAAAAAGCCAAAUCCGAGUUAACAGCUGAAAUAAAUAGUAUUACUGUUAUACCUUUAUUUACUUUGUGUAGAGGUAUGAGAGAAUGAAAAAAAAAAAAGAUUCAAAUGAGUAUGAUCUGGUUCACAAAUUUAUGAUGAUGAUAAUGAUGAUGGCGAUGAUUAUUAUUACUACAUUUUUUCCCACAUGCAAAUGGAAGAAUACCUCAUUUACGAGUAAGAAAUAAUUACCACAUAAGGAUCAAAAGCAGAUUUAAAUUAGCAGUGGCUUAUUAAUAAUUCUGAAUUUAAACACCCUUAACAAGACUGUAAACGUUACAGCGCCUUUGUUCUUAUCUCUGGUGGUAUGCUGCUAAUCCUAAUAAAUGAACAAUGCCUAGCUGAGAGAAACAGGCCUCGUCUGAAAAUGCUGAAUUUAUUAUACUUUUAAGCAGUUGCUGAGCAGGCGAAAUAUCUGAUCCGAAUUCAUCUGCAGAUCAAAAAGCUGAAAAUACCAGCUGAGAGCAGCUUUCUACCUUUUUGUUCAUCUGAAAAUAUAUGACUAUAUGUGGGAAUAUGUGUUAGAAUAAUAAUAUAAAAAAGCUUAGUGAAGAGGGGUAUGGUUAAAAUUUGCUCAGUUAGACUGAAUGUGUGGAAAGCUGUUCUCAUAUAUUCUAUACAUUUCUUACAUUUGUACAAUAUGGACUCAGACAGAAGCGAGACUUUUGGAGUUGUCUACUGGUUUUCUCACUUUUGUUUUUUUGAUAAUGCCUUGGGAAUCUUUCUCCUGCUUCUCAGGAAGCCAGUUCUCAGGAAGCUGGCUUUUGUUUGAGCUGCCCUGAAUUCCCAUCUAUUACUGUAAAACCCAUCUUGAGUAAAAGUGCCAUUGCUCUUAGGCCCCGCUGGAAUGACAUUCUUUGAGAAAGCCUUGUUUUUCUCGGUUUCACACUUCCCGUUUCGCCACCCUGAGUGGUCGGACACAGACUGCCAUUGAUUUGGAGCACCUGAUUUUAGUUGGCCCUUACACAUUUUGUUGUAUCUGUCUCUUUCCUCCCCUGCAGAUCUCCUGUCUGAGAAUCUUUUGUUGUUCUCUGUAAGAAGCCCAGACAUCUCAACCAUCUUUUUUUUUUUUUCAACUGCAAAGCCAUUUAAAGGCAUUGAUUGCUAGCUGUAUGCCUUGAAAACCUCUUCAUAAUAGCAUUACUCCGAGGCAGCAUCACUUAACAGCAUGGAUAGAAUUCUUUCCUGUGUUAAUGUACUGGCAUGUUUUUUUUUCUUAUAUGGAACAUAAGUGACUCUUGAAUGAGCUCCCAUUCACUUACUUUAAGAGCACUGUUACCUUCGGUUCAAAUAAAUGGAUGUGCAUUUUAUUUGCUAAGUGGUGUGUUUUUCCCUGUUUUACUAGCCUGUUAUAUGCCAAAUACUUUAUCCCUCUGAUAUAAAGCAUCAGCAUGGCCUCAUCCCAGGGAGACUGUAAAGCUCAUGGCUUUCCUCUGGCUUCAACAUAAUACGUGAUUUACAGCAUGCACAAAGUUCAGCGUCUGAAAAAUCCGACUCUGCUUUACUUUAGAACUCAUGCCAAGGAUUCCUUAUGCCAGACUUUGUAGAAAUCGUUGACAGAUUUAACACGAAUAACCUCCAAGCUGGCGGUUUAUAAGCAGGUAGUAAAUGAUGUGAAUCCGUUUACCUUACUCCGUGCUGAGGCCUUAACUUUUGUUGCUUAUUUCUGUGGUUCUGGAAACUUUGUUCUGGUUUGUUGUUCAUUCCUGCCUGCAAAACUUGGCGCAGGAUAAAAAUUCAAGACCUGCAGCAUGAAAUAUAUAUUAUACAGAGCAGGCUAACUUGGAAUCCAAGUCAAAUUACUUAAAGCUACAUGGAAUGAAGUAACAUAUUGGUAGCAAUUACAGCUGAGAAGUAAACAGUCCCACACUCAUUCAUUUUCCAUUCAGCAACACAUACAAAGUUUAUAUUCAGUGUGGAUUUGACCAAUUCUCAAUCACACAAGUUAAAUGAUUUAUAUUAUUUUUUUUAUAUCCAUGAACUAUAGACGGCUUUUUAUUCACAUUUAACAUAGAUCAUUUUUGAGCAUGUAAGAAAGAUGAACGAUGUGCUAACAAAUAGCUCUUCAUUAUUCUCAUAUGUGGCUUUAUUUAUACAUGGAUCAUUCCCAGAGUCGACCACGGUUCAUAAAGAAGUGAGAUAUUUAGUUUAGUGUAAAUGCGUUGCUUCGUAUGACUCGAGUCACAUUUUCAGGGCUUUUAACAACAGAGUUUUUCACACUGACGGGAUCAUUGCUAACACAUUGGGCUUUCUCAGUAUGUGAACAUAAUGCGAAUAAUCUCAUUUUGCCUCUGAUUUAAGAAGUUGUUCUAUUUGAGGCCUCAAAAACAUACUUUUGGAUUUCUAAAUGAUUUCUGCCUCAAGGCAUCGAGGUGUUUCUUUCCGUUCAACAAUAACACUGCAGAUUGGCGCACAGCAUGUCCUGAGGCAUUUGUUACAGAAGUUUUGAAGCCUUCUUGCAUUCAUAAAAUAUUAUCUCCAUUCUGAUGUUGCUUUCAUGCUAUCAUGAAACACGUCUUGACAGUGGUCCAGGUGUUAUUUGUUUCCAUCAGAACUAAUUACAGGCUGCAUGGAUAGCAGCUCCUCUAUGACCGUGGUGACUGGUGUAAUCUGAUAAGGAGACGGGAUAUGGAGUUUAAAUCUUGGCCUAGUCAGAAAGAAACACUGCACACUGGACACACGCACACACACAUCUGCACAUGGACAGUGUCUUCAUUUAAGCUUUUGUUAUUAAAGUGUUAACCUUAAAAAAGAGACCAAUCACACAUGAUUUUUUCCAAAUAUUUAUUUAUGAUGUUAUCUAUUGCAGAAUAAGUACUGCUAUUUAUCGACACAAGCGACCCUCUUGUGAAUAAGGUGUGUGUGUGUGUGUGUGUGUAUGUGUACUUUAAAGCAAGUUGGUACACUGAAUAUUACUACAUUGAUUCCCCAUACCAUAAACAAGAUGACCAUGCUGUGAUAGUUUUGCUACAUUUUUCUUGCAAUCUGGUGUUUUGCUUCUCAUUAGUCUCCAUAAUCAAGAAUUUAGAAAUCGAUGCAUUUAUCAAUGAUAGAUCAGCAGUAACUAAUGGAAUGUUCUUGGCAGGAUUCAAUGUGAGAACCAACUGAUCACCAGGCAUUCAAAGCCCAUGGCGGCCUGAAAAACAUUCCCAUGAUCUCAAGUAUAACUUCAUAAUGCUGCCCUUCAGAAGGCUCUGAUGACAACUCGGGGGCUAAAAGUGAAAAAUAAACAGCUGCAGGCGCACAGCUUGGAGUAAAUGUGGACAUGGCAAACAGCCAUGGCCAGGGUAGCAUGACACUGAGACUGAAAAAAAAAGGAGGACAAGAGACCUCUCUGCCAGCCUCCGGUGUGCCAGGCGUGCCAGAAAAGUCUUGGUGUUGGCCCAGGUCAUCUCGCUUCAGUAUGGUUGGAAAAAAAAGAGGACGGAUAUUGGCUGGAAGGUGGCAGGAAUGCUGUAAAAGGCUUGCACCUGCCUUCUGAGGAGUGGAGUUGUGCUGUGGGGUUGCUGAAACAGUGCUAGAGGUAUUUAUAAACAGCCCUGGACAUUUAAUACAGUCAAUCACACAUCACAUCUCGCCUUUCAAUGUUUGCAGCCAAAAACACAGCUGGGCUGAGCGAACGAGGAAAGAGUUAACCUUUUCCUUUCUGCUUUGAAACAAGGCCGGAAAAACAGGGUGAAAGGUCAAACUGAAUUGAGAUACUGCAGGGGAAUUCCUCACUGUUCCUCUGAACUGGAGUAGAGCUGCCGUACAUCGUACUGUUCUUUAGAUGGACACAACAACGCCUCCUGACUAUCAAAUAUUGGACUCGUGUGUAUCAGGCCGAGCUCACUGGAACAUUUCAAUGCUCUAAUGCUGAGGACAAAAUAACUGGUCUCCAUGUGAAGCUCUCCCAUGAUGCAACAUGUGCCUCCAGCACCAACACUGACAAUGAUGGCCACACAGAGCGUCCCACCACCAUCCUAUCAAGAGAGCCAACAGAUGACAGGCACUGCACAACAGAACUCCAAGGCCCAGCAGGUCCAUAUCUCAGCGUCGCCAGGCGCAGGGGCCGCCCCGCUCAGCGUGACCCUUGACCCGCAGGCCCAGCUGGAGUCAGACAAAAGGGCUGUUUACAGGCACCCGCUGUUCCCACUGCUGGCGUUGCUGUUUGAGAAGUGUGAGCAGGCCACACAGGGCUCAGAGUGCAUCACCUCAGCCAGCUUCGAUGUCGACAUUGAGAACUUCGUGCACCAGCAGGAGCAGGAGCGCAAGCCUUUCUUCAGUGAAGACCCCGAACUCGACAACCUGAUGGUGAAGGCAAUCCAGGUGUUACGGAUCCACCUGCUGGAGCUGGAGAAGGUUAACGAGCUCUGUAAAGACUUCUGCAACCGCUACAUCACUUGCCUCAAGACUAAGAUGCACAGUGACAAUCUGCUACGCAAUGACCUAGGUGGCCCAUAUUCACCGUCACACACCAGCCUACAGCAGGAUAUGAUGCAGACUUCCUCUUCCUCGCUCUCAUCUGUGUCAAGCUCGGUUAACUCUUCGGGCAUUGCAGCCUGCUCUCUGCCUCAGAGUAAUGUCAGCAUGACCAGCAUCAACUCACAGGUGGUGUCAGGUGGGGCGCUGUAUCAACCGGUUGCUAUGGUGACUUCUCAAGGGCAGGUGUUAACCCAGACUCUACAGCAGGGGACCAUCCAGCUCCAGAACACACAGGUGAACCUGGACCUCGCCUCACUCUUGGACAGCGAUGAUAAGAAGUCGAAGAACAAGAGGGGAGUCCUACCCAAACAUGCCACAAAUAUCAUGCGCUCCUGGCUCUUCCAGCAUCUCAUGCACCCUUAUCCUACAGAAGAUGAGAAAAGACAGAUUGCCGCACAAACCAACCUCACCUUAUUACAAGUAAACAACUGGUUUAUCAAUGCACGCAGGCGUAUUCUUCAGCCCAUGCUCGAUGCCAGUAACCCUGAUCCUGCCCCUAAAGCCAAGAAGAUGAAGUCACAGCACAGACCCACGCAGCGUUUCUGGCCUGACUCCAUCGUGGCUGGUGUGCUGCAGACACAUGGCCCUCACUCUGCUAACAAUUCAGACAGUUCCCUGGGCAUGGACAGCCUGCAGCCUCUCUCCUCUGACUCAGCCACUCUGGCCAUGCAGCAGGCCAUGUUGGCGGGCGCUGAGGACUCCAUGGACGGCACAGACGACGAAGAAGAAGAAGAAGAGGAUGAGGAAGGAAUGGAGGAUGAGGAAGAAGAUGAAGAGGAAGAAAGGCAUCUGUCUGUCAGGAGAGAUCUUCGCCUUGAUCACAGCGAGGGACUGGAGUAGAGACAGACGCAGGAAACUGACCUGUCACGUUUUAAACCAUGCCCCAGAGGUUUCCAUUGGACACUUAAGUGCUUUGGAACUUUGAAUUAGACAAGGGAGGUUUGCAAAAAUGAGCUGUGAAUUACAAUAAUUACUGAAUUUAUUUGUACAAUUUAGGGAAAUUAAUGAAUGCACACACAUUGACCAUUUAAAUGUUAUAUACUGGGAGAAUAAAUAGACGCUUUAGUUAUAUUAACAAAAUCCUCUGCGUAAUGUUGGUCCUGAUGAGUUCAUGCAUCCACAUCUUAUUUUGUCCCACACAAAAUUUUCUUUUCAGCUCACAGCAUGAUAUUUUUUACACAUCAUUAACAGGAAAAGUUAUCAUCCAUUUUACCAGGUGGCUUUCUGGGCAUGAGUUUUCCAAUUGUGAUACUUUGCUAGCAUCAGUAUUCCAUACUGAGUUUGAAAAUACUUAAAAAAAGAAAAAAAAAAACGAAAACAAAAAAUUGUAAAAGACCUGACAGCACAAAGCACACACCUUAGACUAUGAUGCAUUUGCGCAGUUGCUUGAUAUUUAUGUUUUAGGUUUUCGAUCAACAAUGUUGCACUUGGGAGGAUUCUCAUUUGCCUGGAUGAUGCAAUUCUGAAUGGCACUGAAGGCCAACUGCCUGGAACUUGCAGCCGACGAACUUUUCUCCUCAUGACAAAGAAAACAUGGAGUGAGACAACAUGGCACAUUAAGCAUUUCAUUUAUGGAGGAAAAUAAACCAGUGGGUCCUUCCAGCCCUCAGACUUCCUUGUGAUGUUUACUGAAGAAGUACUGCAGGAAGGAAGACAAUUUUACAGAGCAUUUCAGCUGCUGGAACCCCUCUGUGUAGUUUUCUGUGAAGGACAGAAACUGUGAAGAUACUCCUGAGCAGUUUGGGUUAAAUCAGUCUCCAGAAUAAAGCAGCUGUUUCUGAUGUGAUGUUUAGAGAUGAGAGAAGCUGUUAUUGAAUGUUAUUGGAGUUGGUCUUGUGAAGUAUGUUUCUCAUUAUCUUUUUCUUGGUUGUUUUUAAAUGGUUCUUCCAGAGCAAGUAAUGAUAGGGGAAAUUUUUAUUUUGUUUGUAUACAUUGUUGUCAUGAUCUAUUGUGUUUCAAUAGACCAUUUUUGAUAAUUAAAAGAGAUAAUUUUAGUGGA